CUUCGAACCAAAACAACAGUUGAAUAAUAAUGAAAAUAAAACAAGGAUUACAAAUUCUUGGCUCAAAAUUUUAAGUUUCGGCACCUUUUCCUUUUGACAAUUAAAUCUGCAAGUGUCGCCUCCAAUAUAAAAUAAUAAAUUUAGGACAAUGAUUGUUUUAAAUACUUAAUUUUUUAUUCCUGAUUUGUAUUCAAUAAAAAAAAAAUGACAAAUAAUAAUAAAGAUAAGAUGCCAAUAGAUGACACAAAGAAGAAGAAGAAGAAGGAAAAGGAGCCUAGUGUGCCUAUUCAUAAGUUAUUUCGUUUUGCUACACCAUUAGAACGUUUAAUGAUUGUUAUAGCCAUUAUAUUUUCUGCUGGUUCAGGAGCAUUACAACCUAUUUCAAUUAUUAUUUUUGGAUCUUUUAUUAACAACCUUUCUGGCUCAUUAGAUGAUACAAGUCAAUUACUACCAAAAACAUUGCCUGUUAUUCAUAUUAUGGCUUAUAUGGGUACAGCAGUUGCAAUUGCUGCUUAUAUCUCAAAUUGUUUUUGGAUUUUAACUGGUGAAAAUCAAACUCGUCGUAUUCGUACCAUGUAUGUUCAUUCAGUUCUUCGUCAAGACAUGGGCUGGUUUGAUAAAUCAGCUGAAGGUUCUCUUACUACUCGCUUAGCUACUGAUACUCAGAUUAUUCAAGAUGGUAUUUCUGAAAAGUUCGGAAGAUUUGUUAUGCUUUUAGCUCAAUUUUUAGCAGGUUUUAUUGUUGCCUUUAUUAAGGGAUGGAGACUUGCCGUAAUUAUGCUUGCUGUUACACCUCUUCUUUUGUUAACGGGUGGUGCUAUGGGCAUCUUUAUGACAAAAUAUACUUUGGCUUCACAGAAUGCCUAUGCAGCUGCUGGUUCAAUUGCAGAACAAGUUUUUAAUUCAAUUCGUACUGUAUAUUCAUUCUCUCUUCAAAAACGAUUCUUACAACGUUAUGAAAAGGAAUUAGAUAAUGCGUGCAAAACCGGUAUUAAGCGUGGUGCCUCUCUAGGUAUUGGAAUUGCCUUUUUUAUGUUCUUUUUAUUUGGUAUAUAUUCUUUAGCUUUAUGGUAUGGUGCUAAACUUGUUAGUCAAGAAAAGCUUACAGGCUCUGUUGUACUUGUUGUCUUUUUGUCCAUGAUUAUGGGUUCUAUGAGUCUUUUACAAUUACCUAAUAACCUUUCUGCUGUAUCUAGUGCUUGUGGUGCAGCUUAUAAAAUUUUUGCCACCAUUGAUCGUGUACCUGAAAUCGAUCCUGACUCAGAUAAAGGUUUAAUUCCUGACUCAAUUAAAGGUGCUAUUGAGUUUAAAAAUGUCAUGUUCAAAUACCCUACACGUCCUGAUCUCACUAUCUUGAAGGAUCUAUCUCUUAAAAUUGAACCUGGUAUGACGGUAGCCUUUGUUGGCCCCUCUGGUUCUGGAAAGUCUACUUCAGUGCAACUUGUUCAACGAUUUUAUGACCCUUUAUCUGGCUCAGUUACGUUAGAUGGUCAUGACUUGAAGGAUAUUAGUGUCAAAUGGCUUCGUCAAAAUAUUGGUGUAGUUGGUCAAGAGCCCGUCUUGUUCAACAUGACUAUUCGUCAAAAUCUGAUUAUGGGUAGUAACAAAGAAGUUACUGAAGAAGAAAUAGUUAGAGCUUGUAAGGAAGCCAAUUGCCAUUCAUUUAUAUCUCAAUUACCUCAAGGUUAUGAUACACUCGUGGGUGAGCAUGGCGGUAUGCUUUCUGGUGGUCAAAAACAACGUAUUGCUAUUGCUCGUGCUAUUUUAAAGAAUCCCACUAUUUUAUUAUUAGACGAAGCUACUUCUGCUUUGGAUACACAAUCUGAACGUCUUGUUCAAUCUGCCUUAGAUAAAGCUUCCGCUAGUCGUACUACAAUUGUUGUUGCUCAUCGUUUAUCCACAAUUGUAAAUGCAGAUCUUAUUGUCGUUAUGGAUCAUGGAGAUAUUAUUGAACGUGGUACACAUAACGAAUUAAUCAAGUUAGAUGGUGUCUAUGCAGACCUUGUGAAGAAACAAGCUAUUGAUACAAGUAAAGAUGAUGUUUCAGACAAUGAUAAUCCUGAACUUCUUCUUCAACAAGAACAAUUCGAAAUCAAUAUCCAAAAACAUGCUACUGAAAAAGAAAAAAUAUUAAACCUUGAUGAUACUGAAAGCACAUUUAUCGAUAUCUCUAAUGAAAAGCAAGAAUUCUAUCAAAAUAGAUUUAACUUUAAUAAUUCAAGUUCUGAAACGAUUAACGCUUAUGACUUAAAAUUGAAAAGACAAAAAGAAGAAAAGAAAUUGAUGAAGAAACAGAAGGCACCCAUGCUUAAGGUCAUAAAACAAAUGAGACCUGAAUGGCCUCUUAUUGGUAUUGGAAUCAUUGGUGCAGCUAUCGCAGGUGCUGUCUUCCCCCUUUAUUCAUAUUUCUUUUCUAAAGUUAUCGUUCUUAUCACAGUCCCAGGUCAAGACAUUAAUCCAGGACCUAUGAAAGGCGGUAAUCUUUAUGCUUUUGUCUUUUUCAUUCUUGGUAUUUUCGCAUUUAUCGGUUUUGGCAGUCAAGUGUUAUCCUUUGAAACCUCUGGUGAACGAUAUACGAAGCGUUUACGUGCUAUGAUCUUUGCUGCUUAUAUGCGUCAGGAAAUUGGAUUCUUUGAUCGAGAUGAAAAUAAUGCUGGUGCCCUUACUUCCAAAUUGGCUGUAGAUGCGCGCAAUGUCAAUGAAAUGAUUACUAAAGUUUGGGGUGAUGUCACUCAACUCAUUACAACUGCCAUAGUUGGUCUGAUCAUUGCCUUUGUUCAUAGCUGGUCACUUACUCUAAUUAUUUUGAUCAUGAGUCCCUUUAUUAUAAUUGCUACAUCCUAUGAGUCAAGGAUCCAUCGUGGCUUUGAAGAUAAAACAAAGAAGGCUAACUCUGAAAGUGGUGAAAUAGCUGGUGAAGCAAUUCGUGAAAUUCGAACAGUUGCUGCUUUAAACAAACAGAAACAUUUUGAAGACCGAUAUUAUCAAGCAACAGAGCAUCCUCAUAGGCUUGCUUUACGAAAGGCUUACUUAUCCUCUAUUGGUUAUGCCCUGAACCGAGGUAUCACGCUUUAUACAAACGCAUUGGCCUUUUAUGCUGGUGUUAGACUGAUUAUAAAUGGUGAUAUUAGCUUCCAACAGAUGUUUACUACUAUGUCUGUCAUUAUGACUACAGCCGAAUCUGUAGGACGAACCUCUGUCUUUGCUAGUACGUUAGCCAAAGCUAAAUAUGCUGCUAUUGCCUCAUUUGAAGUGAUGGAACGUCAGCCUGAAAUUGAUCCUGACCUUGAAGGUCUAGAACCUGAAACAGGUUCCUUAAAUGGUGAAAUUGACUUUAAGGAUAUUACUUUUGCAUAUCCUGCUCGUCCAGAUAAUACUAUCUUCCAUGGUGAAUUCAAUCUUCAUGGUAAAGCUGGUCAAACUAUUGCUCUUGUAGGUCCCUCUGGUUGUGGUAAAUCAACAACAAUUGGUAUGCUUCAACGUUGGUAUGAUCCUUUAGGUGGUGCUGUUUCCUUAGAUAAUCAAAAUGUUAAAUCCUAUACACUUGGCAACCUACGUAGCCAUAUGGCUCUUGUUGGACAAGAACCUAUUUUAUUUGACAUGACAAUUGGUGAAAAUAUUUGCUUUGGUGUCGAAGAAAAUAAGCAAGUGAGUCAACAAGAGAUUGAAGAUGCAUGUAAGGCAGCUAAUAUUCAUAAAUUUAUUGUUGGCCUCCCUCAAGGUUAUGAUACCCGCGUUGGUGAUAAAGGUUCUCAACUAUCUGGUGGUCAAAAGCAACGUAUUGCUAUUGCCCGUGCCCUUAUUCGUAAGCCUCGUAUACUCUUAUUAGAUGAAGCCACAUCUGCUCUUGAUAGUGAUAGUGAGCGUCUUGUGCAAGAAGCUUUAGAUAACAUUUUGGAAGAAGGAGGUCGAACAACAAUUACAAUUGCCCAUCGACUUUCAACUAUUCAAAAUGCAGAUCUUAUUUGUGUAGUUAAGGAUGGUCGUGUAAUUGAGCAAGGUACACAUUGGGAACUUUUGGCUCUUAAUGGUACUUAUUCCCAACUUGUUCGUGAGCAAUCUUUAACUGUUCUAUAAAAAAAAAUUCCUCCCGUAUACAUAUACAAACAUGUAGAUAUAUAUUCUUGUAGCUUUGUACAUUUUGUAUAUAACUUCUUUUUAUUUUGUUUUAUACUAACGCCAUUUAUCAAUUAUACACUAUACAUUUUAAUAUACACUUACACAAUAAAUAUUACUAAUACUACUUACAAAUAAUGAAGC